CUUUCAUAACCCAAAAAAAGUUAUUGAAUUUCGACAGCUCUCAGACUCCAAUACCCAGACCCCAGAUGUAAACAAAAUCCAAUUUGAAUUAAUUAAAAACAAUAUCAAAUAUGAGAUAUGAAUGAUGGAAAUUCAAACAUCUUUACAAUUCCAUAUGGAAGUUGGAAAUUAGGGAAGCUACAUUUUUACCUAUUAGCUAUGAUAUAGAUUUCGCUAUGCAUUUUUUUAGACCAUGUUUCAAAAGGAGGCUUCUACAUAUUCCAUUGAUUCUUGUGAUAUUAUGUGUUUCCCACCAUGAAAUAUUUUCUUAUUACUUAAAUACUCGAAACUGGCCCUCUCUACGAUGUGAUAACAAAAACGAAUGUACAAGAAUUUUGUUGGUUGCUGAUCCCCAAAUCAUCGGAAACAAUGAAGAAAAGUAUCAUUUCAUAACACCCUUUUCAAUUUUUGACAGUGACAGGUUCGUACAAAAAACUUACAACCAUGCCUUCAACUUUGUUCAACCGGAUUUGGUUAUAUUUUUGGGUGAUUUGAUGGAUGAGGCUCAUAAGGCUACCGAUGAAGAAUUCAGUAACUAUGUUAGGAGGCUGUUCAAUAUAUUUUUGAGUGGAGGAAGUCCGUCGAAUGUUAGGCAUAUUUGGCUACCCGGAGAUAACGAUAUUGGUGGCGAGGACUCAUUGGUAACGAAAAACAAAAUAAAAAGAUUUGACAGAGCGUUUUCACAACCAAGCCUCAUCAACUUCAAGAAUAUAACGUUCUUCAAAAUCAACAGACUAAUUUCCGACAUACCUGUAUACAAGGAGAAGAGGGAAUUUUACAAUACCGACGAAAUAUUUGUUGGAUUGAGUCAUGUGCCAUUAAUGUUCAAACCUUCAAUCUUCGUUGAUAAGGUGAUCGAAAAGAUGAUGCCGCAUCUGUUGUUCACCGCUCAUGAACACAAAUCGAUGAUAAUCAGCACCGAUGCUCUGCUUCGUCAGGAUUUUCAAAUCGUGCCCGUCACGCCAAAAGACCAGCAGAUUUUCGAGUUUACCCUCGGAAUGACGGACAUGUACGAGAUAUUGAUUCCCACCUCUUCAUACAGGAUGGGCACCGACAAAGUUGGGUAUGGUUAUGCCAUAAUUGAAAAUAAUGUUUUGCGAUUCACUGUGCUGUGGUCUCCGUCCCGUUUUACUCAACUCAAAUGUUAUUUUUACCUCAUUUUAGUGAUUUUUUUAUUUAUAAUUUUAUAUAAGUGCUUCAUCUGUCCAAAGUACUCAAGAAUAGUACGAAUAGUGAAAGGUCCAUAAGAAACAAACUAGAGAAUACAAAGUUUUUUUCAAAAAACAUUCAAGUUGCUUGAAGAAAAUCUGAUUGGUCUGUCCCCAUGAUCGUCGUUUCGACCUCAAUAGACCUCUUCAUAGGUCAUUGACCUCUUUGAUGACCGGGCGAUUUUCUUCGAGAGAUAAUAAAAUGUUUUCUGGAAAAAAUGGAACCCUAGCCUUAUCAUAUUUUUAUAUUUUGUCUUUAAUUAUGUCACGUGCAAUAUGAAUAGUACAAAAAUUAUAAUACCAUAUUUUUGAAAAUAAAUAUAUUUAUAAGUCA